AGUUUGCAUUUGUUAAUAAAAUCGUGUAAAUAAAGUUGCUGUAGUUUGAACGUCAAAUUCAAACAUGGCCGCUUCUAUGUGGCGUGCGAGUCUUAGUCUGGGUUUUAGAUUAUUGCAGUCAUCGUUUAAAACAGCAAACCAGGCAUUGCAAACUAAAACCCAUUAUUUGGAGCAAGUGCGAAGUCACUACAUAGACUGGAGGAUGCUUCGGGAUGUCAAGAGAAGGAAGAUGGCUUUUCAGUAUGCCAGUGAAAGGUUACGGAUUAAUGCAAUCAGGAAAAAUACAAUUCUUCCAAAAGAGCUUCAGGAGGUGGCUGAUAAAGAAAUUGCAGCUUUCCCAAAAGACAGCUGCCCGGUGCGAAUUCGAAAUAGAUGUGUGAUAACCUCACGUCCACGAGGUGUAAAGCGCACUUGGCGUCUUAGUCGUAUUAUGUUUCGCCAAUUUGCAGAUCAUAGUCAGAUGUCUGGGAUCCAAAGAGCAAUGUGGUAGCAACAAGCAUCAAAUGGGAGUUUUUUAAAUAGAUAUCCAGUUUGGACUGAAAAGAUUCCAUAUUUUUUCUACUUUUAUGUAGAGUUAAGAAGUAGUCAAUUAAGUAAAAAAAAUGUUUAAUUGAUAAUGGCAACAUUAUUACUGUAUAUUGGUAAUUAAAAUAUUUAAACAAGAAUUGUGUUUUUGAUUAUUAAAAAGGUCAUGUAUUUUAAAGAUGCUCUGAAGGGUAUUAUGUAAGAUUAUUGUGUUAUGAUAAACAUAAUUAUUUUACUUUCUUUUUUUGUGUCUGCUUAUUGUAAUACAGAAACCUAUCUCAGGAGCACUGAAUGAGUAACAUGAUUCAGUCCUGUACAGAGUGCCAAGCUAUUGUAGUAUAUUCACAUAGAUCCAGUUUAAAGGUGCUAGUUAAUUUAAUUUUCAUGUCAUGUAGGUACGGGAGCAGAAAUCUGCACCGGUAGAAAACCCACAUGGAUAAACAGCACAAUGACAAUGGGGCUUUCUAAGUUUGAAACAAGGACUUUGAAAACAUAACUGAGUUGUUUUAACACACGCCACCAUACAAGCCUUUAAAUAACUAAAAAUAGAAGUUUAAUGUGACCAUGUUCUGUGUGAUCUUGUAGAAAAUAUUUGAUUUACUUAAUAUCAAUUUUUAAGGUAAAUGUACCAUUACUAAUUUUCGGUUAUAAUUUGCUUUCUCAGAACUUUAACUUGUGUUGAAAUUAGUAUAUUUUUGAACAUAGGAAAGUUGAAAAAAGAGAGGAGAGCAUUUAGUUCAUCAAACCUGUCCCAAUAUCUUAUCCAGAUAUUUCUUAGAGGUUGUUUAAGGUUUCUGCUUCAACUAUAUGACUUGGAAGUUUGUUCCAGAUUCCCACAACUCUUUGAAUAAGAAAGUGUUUACUGGCUUCCUCCGUUUUCAUGGGUAUGUACAUGAUUUGCUAUUUAGUUGAAAGAAUUUUCUGGAUCAACUGUAUCAGUGAUUUUGAGAGUUUUGAAGACCUGGAUUUGGUCCUAAAAUGACCUAGUCUGCUUGAGACUAAAACAGGCUUAAUUCUCUGAGCUUGUAAGUGUAGGAGAUGUCCUUAAGUUCUGGGAUGCACCUUGUUGCUCUACUCUGUUUAAAAUAUCUGCU